CAAUUUCUUGGCCGAUUGUCGUUGGAGCGGGGGAGGUGGGAGAUCAUGACCCAUCCAGAUCCAGCGAUACGGUUGAUACGAAUCAUGACCCAUCUAGCGACAUUUCCAACACAGGAUAUUAAUAUUAUAAUACUGCGGAGAGAGCAAGGUAAAGCUCUCACUGCUACUGGUUCUCUCUUCCUUUUUCACGCUUGUGAUCUUCGAAACGGUAGCGCUUCCGGGUCAAAUUGUGUGUAUCCUCUGUUGAUUUAUCUGAAUCGGAAGAUUUGAAAUGGCGAGCCGUACAUCGGAUCUGCUAACUCAAGUGGAUCCAGCUUACCAGCUCGACCUCGACGCAUUGCUUCGUUAUGCCUCUGCAAACGUACCUGGCUUCCCUGUCUCUCCCUCCUCUUUCACUCUCUCUCAGUUUGGGCAUGGACAAUCGAACCCUACGUAUUUGAUGGAAGUCGGGACUGGAGGUGCUGUUGAACGGUACGUUUUGAGGAAGAAGCCUCCCGGGAAGCUACUGGAGUCUGCUCACGCCGUUGACAGAGAGUUUCAGGUUCUUAAGGCGUUGGGUGAUCUUACGCAAGUUCCAGUUCCUAAAGCAUACUGUUUGUGUAACGAUCCAAGUGUAAUUGGGACCGCAUUUUACAUUAUGGAGUUCCUGAAUGGGCGCAUAUUUGUAGACCCUAGUUUACCGGGUGUGGCUCCUGAGAGGAGGAGAGCAAUUUACAGAGAAAUGGCAAGAGCUUUAGCUUCUCUGCAUUCUGCAAAUGUGGAUGCUAUAGGUCUAGGGAAAUACGGACGCCGAGACAACUAUUGCAGACGGCAGGUAGAGAGAUGGGCGAAACAAUACAUUGCUUCAACUGGUGAGGGUAAAUCUGACAGAAAUCCAAAGAUGUUGGAGCUGGUUGACUGGUUACGGCAAAACAUGCCCCGUGAAGAUUCUUCAGGAACACUGGGAGGCCUAGUCCAUGGAGACUUUCGCAUGGACAAUCUAGUAUUCCAUCCCAUUGAGGAUCGAGUGAUUGGUGUUUUGGACUGGGAACUGUCUACUCUAGGGAACCAAAUGUGUGAUGUUGCAUACUGCUGUCUGCCUUACAUUUUGGACAUUUCCCAUGGCAAGAAACAAAUAGGUCAAGGUUUUGAAUUUGCUGGGAUUCCUGAAGGGAUACCUUCUCAGGCAGAAUUUCUCGCGGAAUACUGCUCUGCAGCUGGAAAAGUGUGGCCUGCUGCUGAGUGGAAGUUUUAUGUUGCCUUUGCUUCAUUCCGUGGGGCAUCAAUCUAUGCAGGAGUACAUAGCAGAUGGCUUAUGGGCAAUGCUUCAGGAGGAGAGCGUGCCCGCUAUACCGGUAAUAUAGCUAAUGGUCUUAUAGACUCUGCAUGGGCUUUUAUUGGACGGAAAUCUGUUCUUCCUGAGCAUCGUCCAUCUGAGGGCAUCAAAACAUAUAAUUUGAAGAAUUCUAGUGAAGCAAACAAACAUGAAAGUUUUUUAAGGGAAGGAGGCACUUUUGUUCCAAGUACAAGGGUAGCAGAAUUGAGAAACAGAUUGAUUAAAUUUAUGGAAGAUAACAUCUAUCCAAUGGAAAAUGAUUUCUCUAAACUUGCACUGUCUUCCUCGCGUUGGACAAUUCACCCAGAAGAGGAGAAAUUGAAGGAGCUGGCAAAGAAAGAAGGCCUAUGGAACUUAUUUAUUCCUAUUGAUAGUGCUGCUAGGGCCAAAAAAUUACUGUUUGAUGGGAAUAAUCAUGGAGAUGAAUCAGACCUUUUACUUGGUGCAGGCCUUUCAAACCUUGAGUAUGGAUACCUUUGUGAGGUCAUGGGCCGGUCUCUUUGGGCUCCACAGGUGUUCAAUUGUGGUGCACCUGACACUGGAAAUAUGGAGGUAUUGUUGCGUUAUGGUAACAAAGAUCAGCUGAAAGAAUGGCUUAUUCCUUUACUUCAAGGAAAAAUCCGCUCUGGAUUUGCAAUGACAGAACCGCAAGUUGCAUCUUCCGAUGCCACCAAUAUCGAGUGUUCCAUUACAAGAGAAGGGGAUUCAUAUAUUAUAAAUGGGACCAAGUGGUGGACAAGCGGAGCCAUGGAUCCUAGGUGUAAACUUCUGAUUGUCAUGGGAAAAACUGACUUCAGUGCCCCUAAGCAUAAGCAGCAAUCUAUGAUCUUAGUGGAUAUGCAGACUCCUGGCAUACAUGUGAAGAGAGCACUCACCGUAUUUGGAUUUGAUGAUGCACCUCAUGGGCAUGCUGAAAUUUUAUUCCAAAAUGUGCGUGUGCCUGCAAAGAAUAUACUGUUGGGAGAAGGACGUGGAUUUGAAAUUGCCCAGGGUAGAUUGGGGCCUGGAAGAUUGCACCACUGCAUGAGACUGAUAGGUGUAGCUGAGCGUGGCAUGCAGCUUAUGGCUCAAAGGGCUCUCAGUAGAAGUGUGUUUGGAAAAUUGAUUGCAGAGCAUGGUUCCUUUCUUUCAGACAUUGCGAAGUGUCGAGUAGAGCUGCAAAAGACAAGAUUGUUGGUUCUGGAAGCAGCCGAUCAGCUUGAUCGGCUUGGAAACAAAAGAGCCCGUGGGAUCCUUGCAAUGGCUAAGGUAGCAGCUCCUAACAUGACGCUCCAGGUGCUUGACUUGGCAAUGCAAGUUCACGGGGCAGCUGGGUUAUCGUCUGACACUGUUCUGGCACACCUCUGGGCGGUAGCAAGAACCUUGAGAAUCGCUGAUGGUCCAGACGAAGUCCACCUAGGUACAAUUGCCAAGUUGGAAUUACAAAGAGCUAAGCUUUGAAAGCUUCAGUGCAAUAAUUUUAAGCUGCCGACUUUUUAUUUUCACUUGCUUAUACAGGAAGAAACACAGGGAAAGUUCGGUAAUGAUACUGCCCAUAAAAAAAAAAAUGAUCUUUAGUGGCACAAUAAUAAGAGUCCACAGUUGAUAUUGUAAUAUAUGAAUCAGAUUGAGAAAUAGCAAUGCCAAUAAUAUAAUGAUUGAGUUGAUAA